CGCGUGCGCUCGCCGCCAGGCGCAGCCCAGCCCGGCCCCCGCCUGGCGCCGCGAGCCGAGGUGUCUCCCGCGCCCGCGCCCGUGUCGCCGCCGUGCCCGCGAGCGGGAGCCGGAGUCGCCGCCGCCCGAGCGCAGCCGAGCGCACGCCGAGCCCGUCCGCCGCCGCCAUGGCCACCACGGUGACCUGCACCCGCUUCACCGACGAGUACCAGCUCUACGAGGAUAUUGGCAAGGGGGCUUUCUCUGUGGUCCGACGCUGUGUCAAGCUCUGCACCGGCCAUGAGUAUGCAGCCAAGAUCAUCAACACCAAGAAGCUAUCAGCCAGAGAUCACCAGAAGUUGGAGAGAGAGGCUCGGAUCUGCCGCCUUCUGAAGCAUUCCAAUAUCGUGCGUCUCCACGACAGCAUCUCCGAGGAGGGCUUCCACUACCUGGUCUUCGAUCUGGUCACUGGUGGGGAGCUCUUUGAAGACAUUGUGGCGAGAGAAUACUACAGCGAGGCUGAUGCCAGUCACUGCAUCCAGCAGAUCCUGGAGGCCGUUCUCCAUUGUCACCAAAUGGGGGUCGUCCACAGAGACCUCAAGCCGGAGAACCUGCUCCUGGCCAGCAAGUGCAAAGGGGCUGCAGUGAAGCUGGCAGACUUCGGCCUGGCUAUCGAGGUGCAGGGGGACCAGCAGGCGUGGUUUGGGUUCGCUGGCACACCAGGCUACCUAUCCCCUGAGGUCCUUCGCAAAGAGGCGUAUGGCAAGCCCGUGGACAUCUGGGCAUGUGGGGUGAUCCUGUACAUCCUGCUCGUGGGCUACCCACCCUUCUGGGACGAGGACCAGCACAAGCUGUACCAGCAGAUCAAGGCCGGCGCCUACGACUUCCCGUCCCCUGAGUGGGACACCGUCACUCCUGAAGCCAAAAACCUAAUCAACCAGAUGCUGACCAUCAACCCUGCCAAGCGCAUCACAGCCCAUGAGGCCCUGAAGCACCCGUGGGUCUGCCAACGUUCCACGGUAGCCUCCAUGAUGCACAGACAGGAGACUGUGGAGUGUCUGAAAAAGUUCAAUGCCAGGAGAAAGCUCAAGGGAGCCAUCCUUACCACCAUGCUGGCCACACGGAAUUUCUCAGUGGGCAGACAGACCACCGCUCCGGCCACAAUGUCCACCGCGGCCUCCGGCACCACCAUGGGGCUGGUGGAACAAGCCAAGAGUUUACUCAACAAGAAAGCAGAUGGAGUCAAGCCCCAGACGAAUAGCACCAAAAACAGUGCAGCCGCCACCAGCCCCAAAGGGACGCUUCCUCCUGCCGCCCUGGAGCCUCAAACCACCGUCAUCCAUAACCCAGUGGACGGGAUUAAGGAGUCUUCUGACAGUGCCAACACCACCAUAGAGGAUGAAGACGCUAAAGCCCGGAAGCAGGAGAUCAUUAAGACCACGGAGCAGCUCAUCGAGGCUGUCAACAACGGUGACUUUGAGGCCUACGCGAAAAUCUGUGACCCAGGGCUGACCUCAUUUGAGCCUGAAGCACUGGGCAACCUGGUUGAAGGGAUGGACUUCCACAGAUUCUACUUCGAGAACCUGCUGGCCAAGAACAGCAAGCCGAUCCACACGACCAUCCUGAACCCGCACGUGCACGUCAUCGGAGAGGACGCCGCCUGCAUUGCUUACAUCCGGCUCACGCAGUACAUUGACGGGCAGGGCCGGCCCCGCACCAGCCAGUCUGAGGAGACCCGUGUGUGGCACCGCCGCGACGGCAAGUGGCAGAACGUGCACUUCCACUGCUCGGGCGCGCCUGUGGCCCCGCUGCAGUGAAGCCAAGGGAGGGGCACAGAAUGGGGAACAGGACACAGGAUCCUAAACUCCAAGGGGACUGUCCACCGAUGAACACUCAGAGUGGACACCAUCUUCCGUCCACGCUGUGCCCAGGACAGCUGUCCCCAUCCAUGAACACAGGGUAAACAUCUGCCGGGCUCCGCACCAGUGGCUCCCUGGGCCAUGGGACAGCGGCAGGGCUCACCACGGACAGCGCGUGGCCCAGCGGCCGGCCACCCUGGCGUCCUGGGGCCUCCUUCCCUCCUCUCCCUCUCACCUUGUCACCUCCACGGAGCUGCCUGUCUGGGAUAAUUUGGGGAUUUUUUUUCUGGGGGAUAAUUCUUUUGCAUGACCCCUAAAGAGCAAGCCACACCGCUCUGCUAGCUAGGUGUCCACGGUGUGGUGGCGGCGGCCGCUGGCCAGCGCUGCCAGGGGUCGGCUGCCCACGGUGCUGGCUGGCCUCCCCUCCUCUCUCUUUUUGCUGAGUUUCAUUGUCUUUUCUUUCUGAGCCUUGUAAGUGUACAAAAAUUAUUCUUAUUUUGUUCUGUCUCGGGAAACUGCAAAUAAAAGAAAAACAGGACAAACUGC